UUAUUUAGGUCGUUUUCAAACUCGCAAAUAAAAAGUGUGUAUGUGUAUCACCUUGUACACAGCUGUCAACGCAUUCAAAUGCGCAUUUAUGGAGUUGCUCGAUAUAUACGCAGUCAAGCGCAUUUUUUCGCUUUCGCAUUCGCAUACGCGAGCUAUGCAGUUUUAGCUUUUACAAUAAAUUCGGUACCUUUUUCAAACGAUAGUUGGUAAUUUUCGAAACAUAUCGAUAUGCAGUAUAUUUAAAUCAAAAAGAAUUGUAUAUAUCGGAAACACAAAAUGUAAAUAAUAUCUUUUGAUACGUAUAAAGUUGUAAAUCAUAGUCAAUAAACAACUCGACUAACAUUUUAUGCAAAAACUAUAUGUUUAUUGAAACAAAUUUAAUUCCGUGAUAGAGAAGUGUAAAGUCUGCAAUGACAGAAUUAGUACGAGGAGAAGCAUCCGAGUCUGAUGAAGAAAACCAUCAGAUUAAAAUCUUCGCGUCAGAAAUUCCAGGAGAAGCUACUGAAUCAGAUGAAGAUUUGUACGAAAUGAAAUCACAACCUUUAGGAACUGAAAACCUUGGCACUGAAUCACGCUACAAAAAUAAUUUAUUACAACGAAAACUAAUCGAUAAUAACAUUGCAAUUUACAAAGGGAUGUCUUUGUUUGUAAAAAACUUUAUAACAAAUGUGUCUAAACAUUUAUUAAAUACUGACCAACUUCUCAUAAAAUCACAGGUAACAAUGCAGUCCGUUUUAUGCUCUUUGAAAAAUUCUCAGGUCAGUAUGAAGCAACUGCAUGAAAAACACAAGGAUAUUUUUACAAGCAAUUUUGUUCCGGAUAUCAACGUCUAAGUUUUCGUAAAUUAAAAAUAAAUAUUAAUCACACUUUUUACAAAGAGAA